AUAUUUGUUGCCUUUUUUUUUGCAGAAUCAACUUCCUUCCCUACAGUUGCUCCUCUACAUCAAAGGUCCGACAUAGAAUGUUAUCCAGACGCCCUCGCCAUUUUCUUGCCAGAUGAUCUGUUUCCGAAGCAUCGCAACGUUACAUGGAGGGAAAGUUGUUGUAGCGUUGUUCACAACGGCAGUCAUUACGUUAGUAACAUUUUACUCACUGAAUGCGGAACCACCGUUCUUAUCGAAAACGAGACAGUUACGUUUUCAAAUGAACUAAUUGUUCAUAAAGUAGCAGACGACAAUAACGUCGCAAAUGAUGCCGAGGACAGAAGCAUCACGUAUGGGGAGGACUACGAAACUGUGAUACCUGUGAAAUGUAUUUAUCCCAGAUUUAACAACGUGUCAACAAAUUACAGUCCUGUGAAACAAAAUGUGCGAUUUAUUGAGAAAAGGUUUGGGACACUCGACGUUGCUAUGGAACAAUAUGAAAAUGACCAGUUUAAGAACGCAUUAGAUACAAGCAGCUUUCCCAGAAAAGUGCCGUUAGAUGAUGACGUCUUUGUUAGAGUUGGACUUAAUUUUGAACCAGACGGUCUCCGUGUAAAGACAGAUCAAUGUAUAGCCACAUCUGCGCCUUCUCCAGCUGACACCAACUGGCGACCUCUAAUUCAGUCAGGAUGCCCAAAAGACCGUGUUCGUCUGCUUUCAACGGACGAGUCCAGCGAUGUUAGAUUCGCUUUCAAAGCGUUCGACUUCCGGCACAAUGCCUCGGGAUUGGUUUAUAUUCAUUGUGAGGUAUCUGUAUGCGAGACAGGUGACGUAUUGUGCAAAAUGGGCUGUACAUCACGAGCAAAACGUUCCGCAAGCAGCCGACAAAAUUCACACCUGGUUUCAUCCGGUCCCCUGUUUGUUGAAAGGAAGGAACAAAACUCUAAAGAAAUGGUUACUAUGCCGACGGUGGUUGCUGUCGUCUGUGUAGCGGUAGCCAUAGCAUCGGUGAUGGUAGCAAUAAUCGGUUGGACAAGAAAACCCCGGCACAAUCACGCAGCAAUAUAGAGAUUAUGUGUUUAUUUUUCUUAUAAUAAUCAUAGAAAGUAUUACAAAGGUUUCAUUGCAUUCAAACAUGCCUUUGCUGUACUGAAGCAAAUAAAUUAAUGUUGGCUUACUGAUUUACCAAAAUAGAUAUAUAAACUGAUAUAUAUAUAAAUAGAAAAUGCACAUUUCAAGAUGUAUUACAAUUAUCAUUGGAUUGAUAAAGUUACAUACAAACGCAAAUUUCCAAAGUAUUUAUUAUAUAGGACCAAACGGCAAUUAUAAAACUGUAGUAGUAUAAUUUAGUUGAAAGUGUUGGAUCUACUUGAUAUUGACGUUGGUUGGCUCUAUUGUUAGGAGUCAAUUAUUGUAUUAACACUUAGUAGUUGCAGUUAACAUUGUUAUAAACACUUACUAUAAUAAUUGUAUCGUCAAUAAAAUGCUGACUGUGUAA